GUACUUCCCAAUGAGAAACUCUAGUUGAACUCUAGGUUAGUUAGGCGCUUCACUAUUCCUCCUUCUUUUAUGUGACGUUCAAGUGAGAGGAGGUUAACUCGGUGAAAAUGUCGUCUAAAGUAUCACGUGAUACGCUCUAUGAGUGUGUUAAUGCUGUCCUCCAGUCGUCGAAGGACAAAAAACGCAACUUUUUGGAGACUGUAGAAAUCCAAAUUGGUCUGAAGAACUAUGACCCUCAGAAGGACAAGCGUUUCUCGGGCACCGUCAAGCUAAAGUACAUCCCCCGGCCAAAGAUGCAGGUGUGCAUUCUUGGUGACCAGCAGCAUUGUGAUGAGGCCAAGAGCUUGUCCGUUCCAUGCAUGGACGCAGAGGCCCUCAAGAAACUGAAUAAGAACAAGAAGCUUGUCAAGAAACUAGCUAAGAAAUAUGAUGCUUUCCUCGCGUCGGAGUCGCUGAUCAAACAGAUCCCUCGUCUGCUGGGUCCUGGUUUGAACAAGGCUGGCAAGUUCCCCGGUCUUCUCUCCCACCAGGAGUCCAUGACGCAGAAGAUCGAUGAGGUCAAGGCCACCAUCAAGUUCCAGAUGAAGAAGGUCCUGUGCUUAUCCGUGGCGGUCGGCCAUGUGGACAUGACACCUGAUGAGCUUGCACAAAAUGUGCAUCUCUCAAUCAACUUCUUGGUCUCCCUGCUGAAGAAGCACUGGCAGAAUGUGAGGUCACUUCAUAUGAAGUCCACAAUGGGACCACCCCAGAGAUUGUACUAAGCUGACUUAAAUAAAUUGGACUUCUGUUA